GAAAGUGGCGAGGGAGUUCAGAAGCAGCGUGCCAGUCGGAAUGGGAUGCGGCACUUCGAGAGCGGUUUCCACACAACCGGACACCGGAACCGAGGACAGUCUGGAAAGAAAGCGCAAGAUUAAGAACAAUAGGAAAAGCAGCAAAUUAAACAUCAUUGACGAUUCAUCCGGAUCCAAAGUAUCAGAAGAAGACUUAAUAACAUUGCCAGGAGCAGUGCAACAGUCCUUGCCACCUUUAAGGAAAGCAAAUGGGACAUUACUACAAAAUGGAUUUAAUGAUGAUUUAGCACUUACUGCAAAUAGCUUGCUGAAAAAGAAUGGACCAAUACAAGAAAUCAGGGACAGACCGAGGUCUGUUGACAUUCUACAAGAACUUUUAGUUCAGGGGAUCUUAAACCAGGCCCACAAUGAAGAGUGGCAAGAGGUUCAUAGUCCUAUGUUUGACAUGAAGUCCCCUGAGGGAAUUUUAAAGAAACCUCCACCAAGACUCGAUAAACUAAAGAAUGAAACAACUGUACAAAAGAGUGCGACAAUAGAGGAGAUAGAAAAUAAAAUGAUAGCAGCAGAGGAAAGGAGGAAGAUGAAGGAAAUCAAGUUGAAGGAAAGACUGAAUAAGUUUAAUACUUCACCGAUGAUAAUGCAAGAUGGAAGUACUAGGAUACCUCCAGAACUUGACCAGGCAAAAUUGGAGGAAGUUGUUGAGAAAAUAAAUACCAAACAGAAAGAAAUCCACCAAGAAAAACAAGAGAUCACAAAGGAAAAGGAUGAAAACAGCGAGCUGGUUGACGAGACCGGAUUAACCCAACAGGAGAGCAAGAUUAAUACAGGGGACUGUUGUGAGGUUGUAGAAUUUGACAAUGGACAUUAUUUGACAAGAAAAAUAGCUGACGAAGUAAUUGUGAACAAAAUCUGAAUCAAUAAUGCACAUCAUAUA